CAUUUCGCAGCCGACCUGUCCCACUUUCACAAAAAAAAGCCAGCGAUGGCCAGAGUACUAGGAACACCAGCACCACCACAAGAGAAAGUAAAGAGUUGUGUUGCUGUCCCUCGGCCGGGCCGACCCAGCUCCUCCUCCCUCUCCCCGACAUGACAGGGUCUGGCGGCGCCUCCAACCACAGCCAAUUCCUUGGGACGUGAGGCCGGGACCGCUCUCGCCCAUGGAUAUGGACCCGACAACAGACGCGUUCCCCGAUCGCGGUCCGGCCGUCUUCGCCGUGACGACGGCCACCCUGGCCUUGGCCACGCUCUUCGUGGCCGGGCGGAUGGUGUCCCGACUCGGAAUCGUCCGGCGGGCGGGCACCGCCGACUUCUUCAUCGUCUUGGCCUGGCUGCUGGCCGUCUUCCUGAGCCUGAGCAUCGACAUUGCCGUGAAGCACGGACUCGGGAGGCACGACAGGAAUAUCGACCCUGCGAAGAUGCAGGGACUGAGGAAGUGGGAAUAUGUGUUUUCGAUUCUCUAUGUGCGUAUUAUAUCCCUUGGACCUGUUUCCCUGAUAUGUGUGUGUGUGUGUGUGUGUGUGUGUGCGCGCGCGCGUUUAAGUAGUUACGGAACAAUAGUGCCUAACAGGAUGCAGAACCCAGCUCUCAUGGCUACCAAAACGUCAAUUCUCGUCUUCUACCUGAGGCUGUCCAAGAACACGCAGCCGAUUCUCCGGCUAGGCUCGUGGAUCACCCUGGUCGUGGUCAACGUUGCCGGGGUUGUCCUCACCUUUCUGAACAUCUUCCAGUGCCGGCCGGUUGCCGCGGCGUGGGAUGUGGAUAUCAAGCCCGUCAGCUGCAUCCCGUUGCUCACCGAGUUCAUCUGCUCGGCCCCGGUCAACGUCACGACCGACCUCGCCAUCCUGGCUUUGCCGAUUCCCGUACUCACCAGCAUGCGGCUGCCCCAGCGGCAAAAGACCAUAUUGGUCCUGACCUUUGGCCUGGGCGUCUUCGUGGCCGUCGUCGACGUCGUGCGCAUCUACUACCUCCAGCAAGCCAUCGACCAAGCCCCGACGACCUCCUCGACCGACCCUAUGGCCAUGUUCGGCCAGAGCCUCGACUUCUCGUGGAAUGCUUCUCUGUCGCUCAUGUGGUCCGCAGUAGAGGUUAACGUGGGCAUCAUGUGCGCCUGCGUCCCGACUCUGAAGCCACUCAUCAUCCGCAUCCUGCCCUCCAUGCUCGUCAACCGGGACGCAUCGCUCCGGAGUCAGACCGGGGCCAUCAGCAACACCACCCACACCACCAGCGCCGCCAGCGCCGGCACGAGCGACGGGGGUCCCGUGUCCGCUGCGAUCACGCGAGGCGAGAGCCUGCGCGCUCAGCAACCUCCGGCGGGUCCCCGCACUUUGCCCGCCGAAGCCCAUGGUGAAGACGAUGGCUCAGGUGAGGACGUCUCGAUCCGCGACUUCCUCUCCACGUCGCCCUCCAAUCCAUACCUCUCCAUAACCACAAGCAACCCUCUCCCCACCACGACCCCCACAGGGACAACAACGACAACAAGAACUACUACCCAAGAUCCGAAUCCGAUCUACUACAACUUCGUCACCCUUUCCCCUCGCGGAAACCUGUUAUCACAGACAGAUACCCGGAAGAACCUGCGCUAUAACGCCCUCGCAAGCAUCCUCUUCUUUCUCUGGGGGUUCUCCUACGGCUUGCUCAAUACGCUCAACAAUACCGUCGCCGCCGUGACCCGCAUGUCGACCGCCCAAACCCUGAGCUUGACGGCCGCAUAUUUCGGGGGCGGGUACUUCCUGGGCCCUGCACUACUUGGCGGGUGGUUGUUACGGCAUGAUGAGCAUCAUCGGAGGACGAAGUUGAAGAGGCGCGGAGGAGGGGCUUCUCUUGGGGGUGUUGGUAGGGACGGCCGUCAGCGUGACAGUCAUGGUGUUAAGGAUGGUACUGUUCGGAACGCCUGCGAAAUGAGGAGACGAGCGAGCCGAGUGCAGAGGGUGGUGGCCAAGAAGCGCAAAGGAAGGAUGGCUGGAGAAGAGGAGGAGCCGAUCGGCGGGUUUAAGGCUACUUUCAUUGCUGGCCUGCUGGUGUACGGCCUCGGGACCAUCAUGUUCUGGCCCGGCGCGGUCUUGGGUGCGUAUGGCGGGUUCAUUGUGAGCAGUUUCGUGGUUGGGUUCGGCCUGGCUGUGUUGGAGACGGCGGCCAAUCCGUUCCUGGUGCUGUGCGGUCCUCCGCAAUACGGCGAUGCCCGGUUACUGCUGGCCCAGGGGGUACAGGCCGUUGGGAGCGUCCUGAGCGGCUUGCUUGCCGACCGGGUGUUCUUCGCCGCGAGGUUUGAACAGCCAGAUGGGCAGCUGGAUGCGAGCACGCUGAUCGACGUGCAGUGGACGUACCUCUCCAUCACGCUCCUCUCAGUCCUGCUGGCGCUGUUCUUCUACUACGUCCGCAUCCCGGAGGCGCGCGAUGCCGAGCUUGCCGAGCUGGCGGCGCGGUCACCAGUCGACCCCAAACGCAAGUCGAUCGGCGGCAUCUCGCUUCGGACCUGGACCCUCAGCCUGGCCAUCCUCGCCCAGUGGUGCUACGUCUCGGCACAGGAGAACAUGUCGCUCUUUUUCGACCCGCUCCUCGCAAGUUUUGCGAACCAGCCGGCCGCCGCGCUCACCUCGACGAACACCACGGCCCGCCCGCAUGGCCUAACCCUCUCCCUGCCCAAUUACUUACUCGUUGCUCACUCGGCCUUUGCUCUCUCCCGCUUUCUCGCGGGCGGGGUAUGCAUUCUAGCUGCCCGACACCCGGCCCAGCAUUUCUUGCCUUCGGCACGUACCCUACUCACUCUUUCGAUCUCACUCUCGGCCCUACUUGGCCUCAUCGUCGUGACCAUCCCCGCGGCGAGCACAAACCCCAACGCCGCCGCCGUUCCUGUCAUCCUCUUCUUCUUCUGCGAGGGCCCCAUCUGGCCCCUCGUUUUCUCCCUCGGCCUGCGCGGCCAGGGAUCGAGGACCAAGCAGGCCGCCACGUGGCUGACCAUGGGUGCAUGCGGUCCGGCCGUCUGGCCGUUUGUGUCGUACGGCAUCAUGCGGGCGGGCGCCAGCGUGCAGGUCUCUCUGAUCGUCGUUGUCAUCUUGAUGGCGGUGGCCGGGACGUACCCUGCCUUCUUGGGGCUGGUAAAGGGGGCGAGAAUGCUCGCGGACGUGCCACCGGCACCCAGGGGGGGCGACGAGAGCGGGGAGACUGGAGGGAGUGGGGGCAGAGGAGGGGAUGUUGAAGCCGGUGUCGAGAGCGGCGAGAAGGGGAGAGAAGAGGUGAACGCGGUUGAAGGCGUGAGGGAUACGGGAAACGGUGAAACUCGACUCGGCGAUCGGUUAGGACGGGCCCCAAGAGCGUCAUUAUCAUUGUCAACUUCAUCCCCAGGGGCGUUUGCGAAGACAGGUUCGGACGACCAAGGUCAACGGCCGCAACAGCCCGCGCCGUGGGAAAAUCAGGUUUUGGACACAAGGGUUCUUGAGGAUUAAAGUGUGGCGUUAUUGGGGCGGUCGUGCGGUUAUCUCGAUAUAGUACGCGGGCGAGAAGUGUUGGUUUCAUUUUUGUGAUUUCUUUAUUCCUAUCUCUGUACGGAUACCCUUGGGCAGGCAGUAUGUUGGAGAUUUGUGUUCGAAGGGAGGAUAGCAGGCUUUC